AUGUCGUCCAAAUUGUUAGUAUCAUUGAAGGGCGUGAAGCCUGCGCGACUGCAGGGAAUUGCUUCGAUUUUGGGUGCCAAGAGUUCGUCUGCCCAGAGAGUUAUUCAGACUGGAACGAAAACAGUGGGCUACUCAAAGAGAUGUGUGUCCAGUGUCAGCGGAGUGGGCACGGAAGGUACGAGAUCAACCGUGGUGCAGUUGCUAAACAACAUCGGGUCCAAACGUGAGGUCGAGCAGUACCUCAAAUAUUUCACCUCGGUCUCGCAACAGCAGUUUGCCGUCAUCAAGGUCGGCGGGGCCAUCAUCAGCGACAACUUACAAGAACUGGCGUCCUGUCUUGCGUUCUUGUAUCACGUGGGUCUGUACCCGAUCAUCCUACACGGCACGGGUCCACAGGUCAACGGUAGACUGGAGGCCCUGGGCGUGGAGCCCGACUACAUUGACGGGAUCAGGAUCACCGAUGAGCGCACUAUGGCCGUGGUCAGACAAUGUUUUCUGGAACAAAACCUGAAACUUGUCACAGCGCUGGAACAGCUGGGCGUGCGUGCCAGACCCAUCACUUCUGGUGUCUUCACCGCUGACUAUCUUGACAAGGACAAAUACAAGCUUGUGGGAAACAUCAGCAGUGUUUGCAAGGACCCAAUUGAGGCGUCUAUCAAGGCUGGUGCCUUGCCAAUUUUGACUUCUUUUGCCGAGACCGCGUCGGGCCAAACUUUGAACGUCAAUGCUGACAUCGCCGCUGGCGAACUCGCACGCAUUUUCGAGCCUCUCAAGAUCGUGUAUUUGAACGAAAAGGGUGGCAUUAUCAAUGGCAACACCAAGGAGAAAGUUUCCGUGAUCAACUUGGAUGAAGAAUACGAAGAUCUCAUGCAGCAAAGCUGGGUCAAGUAUGGCACCAAGCUGAAAAUCAGAGAAAUCAAGGAACUUCUAGACUUUCUUCCUCGUUCAUCUUCCGUCGCCAUCAUCAACGUCCAAGACUUGCAAAAAGAGCUGUUUACUGACUCCGGUGCCGGUACAAUGAUCAGACGUGGGUACAAGCUGGUUAGAAGAUCGGAUCUUGGUGAAUUCAGCUCGCCAGACGCUCUCAGAACCGCUCUUCAUAGAGACCUGGACAUCGCCUCUGGCGCCGAAUCAGCCGCUGCAUACUUGCGUGAUCUUUCCUCUUCCAAGUUUGUCUCGUACGCCGAUGAGCCAAUGGAGGUAUUGGCAAUUGUGAAGGAGGACAAGGUUGUGUCGCAUCUGGACAAAUUUUUAUCCUCCAAGGUUGGCUGGCUAAACAAUGUAACCGACAAUGUUUUCGCGUCUUUAAGACGUGACUUCCCUUCAUUACAAUGGGUUGUUAGAGAGGACGACGAGAACAUUUCGUGGCAUUUCAGCAAGUGCGAAGGUUCGUACUUGAAAAAUGGUAAAGUUCUAUUUUGGUAUGGUGUCCAGGACAUCAACACGGUAUCUCAGCUGGUCAAGGACUUUUCUGGAUCUGUUGCUCCUACUACCGUACCAGCUGGCCAAAAAUCUAAUGUGUUCGCGUCAGGUCAAUCUACUAGACAGUAUUCGACAAGAAGUGCCCCUAAAACUCAAGGCGUCAACACAGAGAAGGCUCGGGUUGCCCUUAUUGGUGCUAGAGGCUACACCGGAAGAAACUUGAUCUCCCUACUAGACAAGCAUCCUCAUUUGGAGCUUGCCCAUGUUUCUUCUCGUGAGUUGAAGGGCAAGAAGCUAGAGGGAUACAGUAAGAGUGAGAUUAUCUACGAAAACUUGGAAGUCGAUGAUGUGAAAAGACUCGAGGCUGAAGGUGGAAUCGAUAUGUGGGUUAUGGCUUUGCCAAAUGGCGUUUGCAAGCCGUUUGUUGAGGCUAUCGAGAGCGUGAACGGAAAAUCCAAGAUCAUCGACCUAGGUGCUGAUUACAGAUUUGUUCCUGAAACAGAAUGGGCAUACGGUUUGCCAGAGCUGAACGAUAGGGGAAAGAUAGCUGCCGCUAAGAAGAUCGCCAACCCCGGAUGUUAUGCGACCGGCGCUCAGGUAGCUAUUGCUCCGUUGCUCGAUUUCAUCACAGGCUUGCCAACUGUUUUCGGUGUUUCUGGGUACUCGGGUGCAGGUACGAAACCAUCCCCAAAGAAUGACCCAGCCUUUCUCAGUGACAAUCUGAUUCCGUACAGCCUAACUAAUCAUAUUCACGAGCGCGAAAUUUCCGCAAGAAUGGGUCGCGAGGUAGCCUUUAUUCCGCAUGUUGCGCAAUGGUUCCAAGGUAUUUCGCACACAAUUUCGAUUCCUAUCAAAAAGAACUCUCUAUCCUCCCAACAAAUCCACAAAAUGUACCAAAAGUUCUACCAGGACGAAUGCUUGGUGAAUGUUACGCAAGACGUACCACUAGUUAAGUCCAUUUCUGGCACACACGGUGUAUUGGUGGGUGGUUUUAAAGUCAACGAUGCCCAAGACCGCGUAGUCGUUUGUGCUGCUAUUGACAACUUGCUCAAGGGUGCCGCCACACAGUGUCUGCAAAACAUCAAUUUGGCUCUGGGUUAUGGUGAGUAUGAGGGAAUCCCUCAGAACAAAAUUGCUCAGGAGUAA